AUGAUCUGGUACUAUGGUCCGCCCCUAAGAAAAACGCUCAGGAGAGCUAUGGUAUUUGCUUACUUUAUGCAGAUGAUCUGGUACUAUGGUAUUCCGGGCUUACUUUAUGCAGAUGAUCUUGUUCUAUGGUAUUCCGCCUACUUUACGCAGAUGAUCUGGUACUAUGGUAUUCCGCCCCCAAGGAAAAAAGCUAAGGAGAGGACAGAAAGUGUCCUAAAUUGUGCACUUACAUGA